CUGCUUAAAUUUGUGAGCCGGUUUUACCAGCGAGCCGUUCCUGGGCCACGAGCCUUUCCUGAGGCGCGAGCCGUUCCUGAGGCAGCCACCCACCAAAUUGACUUAGCGAAUUUGACGCGUCGGUACCACGCCAUCCUUUCUCCCCGCUGUGCCGCCCGCCCGUCCCGUCUCUGCCGCUGCCCGUGGUGCCCGUCUCUUAUCUCUACCAAUCCCGACUGCGUCGUGCCACCCCUCCAGGCCUACUUCAAGCCAUGCCUUCUCCACGCAAGAGGCCGAGUGUUAUGGAAGCCGGGCGCGGACGCCAACCCCAACCCCCCCCAGCAGAGCACCAGUAUUAGCACGGGUACCAGUACCAGUACCAGCACCAGUACCAGUACCAGCACCAGUACCAGCGCCAACGCCAACGCCAACGCCAACGCCAACGCCAACGCCAACGCCACCAAUCCUACCGAGAGAGAGAAGACCCUUUGGGGCAAAACCUCGAUGGACGUUCGCCGCGUUACCAAACGCCGCCGUAGACCCGAGCCCGAGCCAGAACAACCGGGUUCGAAUGAUGACGCAGUGGCGGCCGAGAUGGCUAAGGACGACGCCAACGAGCGUAAGCUCACAGACAACAUUAAGAGUAUUUACGGCGACGAUGUGGACCCUUUCGGCUUGGAGUGGCAGGAGGCCCGUACGCGGUUCAUGAACGACCAGAAAAACUGCAAGUUCCGCAAACUACUUACAACCCAUGCCGAGCACCCUGAGUAUACAAACAUACUCAAUGUGGAGCUGCCAGUCCCUCGGGACUACCUUAAGCGGAUGACGGAUGCGGCCUGGGCGGAGGAGAGCUUCUUUAAAGUGUGGACAUAUAUGGAGGGGCGGCUGGACUUCAAGCGGUCUUCUAAACUGGGACAGUACUAUAUACGCACGAUGUUCAAAGGCCUGGCCCUAGAGGUAGCAGAGUGGAUGCGGGUCAAGAAGCAGGACGCGGACGCUGGUAUUGCUCGCCGCGUUAAGUUGUUGUCGUACUACGACGACAUGCCAAAGAAGUCGGAGUAUAGGAGUCUCAACGAGACUCACUUUGCGUGGGUCUUCGAGCGGCAGCGCCGCCAGAAGAAGCAGAAGAAGAACUCCUCUGCGACGACCAAGGCCAACCUCGAACGAUUUGUGAUUGACGAGGCGCCGCCGUCGGACAGGGAGGAUGGAAGCAGUUGCGAUCGUGGUAAUAGCCCGGGCACAGGCACCUUCCAGUCAAUAAGCCUUUACAACAACUGCAAGAAUUUUCAACCACUCCACCUCCCGCCUCCCACCUCCCACUCUUUCUCGCAAGUCGCGUCGUUAUCCCUCUCGUUGAUGCCGUUUUUUAAGCUCAAGAUGCCACGCGCUUUACAGCAUCGUGCGAAGAAGGCGUUGAUUCGCCGUCGACUGCAGAAGCGCGAAGCUGCAAAGCGCCAGCGCCUUAACUCGACCGACCGGGAACGUGGCUCUUCGCCUCAGCGUCCUCGUCACAAAGAGCCGACCGAUAGCGACGGCGAUGGCGGCGAUUGGGAACCGAUCACAUCUGCUACUGAUUUCGACGACUUCGAGCUUGCCCGAGCCUUGAUCGAUGUAGUGAACGAAGCAGACCACGUCGUCUAUCCCAACCCCGAGACCGACGAGUAUCAACUUGCAGACGACGGUCCGCUCCAGCAAGAGCUGCAGGAACUGGCCGAGUACCAGUAUGCCGCUGAUACCAUCGAGAGCCACGACGAUGAAGCGGAAGGCAUCUCCGCCGCCAAUGAACAUGAAGAGGAGGUGCUAGAUACCAUCGCGGUUGCCGCACCCUGGGACACCACCGGUCAAUACCAAACCUCCGAGCCCGAAGACCCGUUCGCAGCCUCGCAACCAGUUGAGCAACACCGUAAAGCACACGACCUGUCGGAGUUUGCCUUGGGUUUAGGCCUGUAUUGCAUCAUUCACAGUGUAUCCCGCAAGCAAUACUCAACUCUCCUUCAACUUCUCAAACUGCUUGGUCAUUCCGAUAAGAUCAGUCGGUUGCCCGAUAGCCUUGACACUCUGAAGCGCCACGUCCGGGAAUCGAUACCGCGUAUCGACAUGCGUGUGGUCAAAGACCUGCCGCUGAACCCUAAGAAGUUGUCGUCGUCCCGGAUGUUGUCGGCAAUCAUGUCGGGUGAAAGCCCUACACAGGACCUCUUCUUCUUGAACCCUGUGGACCUCCUUCGCCGCAUUCUUAGCUCCCGCAUCUCCAGCACAUUACACUUCGGUAUGGCUCAACUUGUGGAUAACCCGUCGGAGGCGUGGCAUUCGAUGCAAUGGGCCGGCUCGGUACGCACCACCAGCGGCGAAUUCGCAUACUAUCCGCCCUUCCCUUCCAUGGAACCCAUCUUCCCUGGCGACAUUAUCGCAUACCAAUGCGCGUUCCCAGCCUGUACCGGCUGCCAUGAAAAGGUCGCUACAAAUGUCAGGGUCGCCACGAAAGUCCAUCUCGGACAGAUCCAGGCAAUGUUCCGCGAUCAUCGCGAUAGUUCCCGUCAUCUCGGCAACUUCAUCGGCGACCCCAGCACCGGGGCUGAGAAGAACACGAAAGGCGAUGUUGUCCUGGUUAUCUCACGGAUAUGUUCUGGCAAGUUCAUCAACCGACAGUUCGUCCAGAAGGGCAAGGCGAUCAAGAUCAACCCAGCCGAAGAUACACUAGAUGACGACGAGCUGGUCCUUUGCAUGAGCCCAAUGGAGCUUAUUUCACCAGCCAUGGUCACCGGCCGUCGCGACAACAUCCGCUUCGACUAUGCGUUUGGCAGCAAAGUGCGGUUCCCGGGUGAUCCAAUCGCUAGACGUGAACAACCAUUGAUCACCCGCAUAUUCGACCGGGAGCAUAUGGCGCUGGUGCCACCCUGCCUAGUCUCUCUGGUCCCUGGUGCCCUCGAAGUCGAUGAGUUUGGCCGCGACUGGCUGAUCGCCGCUAUGCCGAGAAGCGAACACACCCGCCAGAUCAACGUCCUACCGGUUACACUGGGACCACAUGGUGCCAAUAUGCACGAUGUCAUGAAGGCCUUGGCGCCGCUGAGAGCUCUCGACCGUGGUAUUGCUGUCGAUAUCAACGGGGAGCGCACUAUGCUGUGCGUAUCCAUCUUCGCCCUGACCGGCGACAUGCCACAGCAACAACAGAACUCAGGGUGUCCGAGUGUCGCGGCCAAUCUUAGUUGCCGAUCGUGUCUCGUCACUUCCAACAACCGUGAUGACCUCGACGUCGACGUGAUAGGCAAUGCCCGUGGCCAUAUGGAGAUGGUUCGCCUUCGUCGUUGGAUGGAUGAGGAACUGCACCAAAAGUACAAGAAGGAGGCGUUUUCGACCAAGCACGGUAUAUCUCUUGAGGUGCCUGCAGUCAUGUAUGUCGCCCCAGCACUGGAUCUUAUCGGUGGUCGCCCCAGUGAUGCCGCACAUUCGGAGUUCAAUGGUAUCACCAAGAUGAUACACCAGCUUCUCCUUGACGCAGAGUCUGACCUCAAGCGCCCUUUUGCCCGUGCAAUGAAGGCAGUGUUUGAUCAGUCCAAGCUGACAGCUAGCACUGCGUGUUCAAUUGACGCAACUAUAGCCACGAAGGUGGAAGAAGAUCGCGACGACAAGGCGAUGUUUGAGAGUAUUCGCCUUAGCAGACGGUUAUUUCAGCUAAUGUGUGAAGCUGCAGCGCAGUCCACUGACCAAUCGACCCGUGCUGCUCGUCGUCGUGGACGCGGUACUGCGGCAAACUCGCGCGCAGCUUCUGUGGCCCCCGCCGUGGCUGGCGGGAUAUCAACACCAGCAGCAGCAGCCGCCAUGGCCAACACUAUGGCUACGAUGGAGAUCGAGGAGGACGAUGCUGUCGACAAUGAUGUCAACAUCGACCAGCAUACCGUCGCCCAAAAAGCCCACAAGUAUCGACAGUGGAGCGCUCGCCCGAAUGUGCAUAUCGGCCUGCACUACAUCGACGUGUAUCGCCGGUAUGGAUUGGUUUCGUUGUUGAUGGUCUUGCCAGGAGAGAUGAAGCAUAAGCUAUGGAAGAACCUUGUGGUUACGAUGAACCACCGCAACCCCGAGAAGGACUGCCUGUCGUACGAGAAUAUGAUGCAGACUGUGCGCCUUAUCUUGCUGGAUGGCUUCCAGGACGAGCCGGAUAUAACCAAGAAACUGAAGAAUCUUGCAGCAUCGGUACCGACGUUGUUCUCUUCAUUGCUCCCGCACGACGAGCUUGCCCGAGAUGAUGCAGAGGACGAAGAUGACCCGUCCAUCACACUCAGGAUCGUUACCGACGGGUCUCAUCCAGCGGCGACUGUAUUGAUAGCGGUCAAAGCCAGGGUAUACAAGGCGAUGGGUUUCCCCACUCGCGAGGCUGAAUUCCAGCCGGUCUUUGCUCGGCAGGUUCGGGAUGCAUACCGGGCUGACUAUGGUAGGAACAUCAUCAUGAGUACCAAUUUACGGGUACGCUGGUGGAAAAAGGUCUCCUUCGCAGACAGCAACAACCCGACUGGGGCUCGGCGUCUCGUUUAUCAGCGAGGGCAGUACGUGGCUUUCCGGAUAGCUGGCGACAUCGGCCGGCUGGACCACAUCAUGACGCAUGAACCCAUUGCAGGCACAACUUAUGUCUUCCUCAUCGUUACUCCACUCCGCAAGAUAGAGGCCUCGGAGCCUCUCACGGGCCUUCCCUUGAUGCAGAUUGCUCAGCCCGGCCAACAUAUCGGCAUGGCACAGGAAGAUGAUCGCUGUUGCCAGCUGAUUGUCGGUUUACCCGCUCUCCAUCGCAGCCGGUUGUACAUGGUGCCAUUCACCACCGAGGCAGGAGAGGAUGGUCGGCGCUUGGUGACCAACAUCAACCAUGACCUCACUGACGACACCCAGCUUCUCUGUGUCAAUUGGCGAGUGCAGUUCACUUGA